AUCCGUUUUUCCUUAUUCCCUCUUAAUUCGUGGCACUUUGGACGAGCUUUAUUUCGGAUUUCGUUGGUUGUUGUGAUGAGUGUCCAUCGUAUUUUAUCGUUGCGGCAUAACUGUAGUUAGUGACAAUGUUUAUUUAAGGAAUACAGAGCAUUCGAUGUCACAAACGCAACGAUGUCAGCAACGGAAAUAAGUCGUUCCGACUCGAACCGAUCCGAUGCUUCCCAAAAACCGAGAGUGUCUUUCAAUCGAGACGUUCACGUCAAAAGAAUCGUGACCCGCGAGAAAACACGCACUCCUUCUGGUACCAACAGCAAUGGAAAUAAUCAACUAACUACCCCUCCUGUUCGAAAAGAGCGAGUAAAAAAAACGAAACAAGAGCUAUCCGAAGAAGCGGCUGAAGUGUUACGACAAGUCGACAGCCUUGAUUGUAUUGCACGUCAAAACGGAAAUUUCUACACCGUGCCAAGAAAAGGCUCUGCGUUAUCUUUGGACCGAAAAGUUAAUAAACGAAGAAGCUCGUUAGAAUUAACGCCGCCGAAGAAGCCACCACGUAGUUUUACUGGAAAUAACCAGAACAAUCCGUCUUUUUUUGAUAUAUUCAAGAAAUCGGAUAAAAGUUCAAAACCAAAAGCCCCCAACCUCCGCCGAAGCAUCAGUGAUGUGUCGUCAUUGAAAUCAAUAAAGUUUGGACCCUCUGGCAGCGAUUCAUCGAAGCGAAGGAAAAAAUCGGAGAGCGACAGCGAAUGCACACUAGAAACUCGAAAUAAAAAACAGUUAUCGCCUAUUAUUGAAGCCAUCCAGCCGGAAGAUUAUUUCGCUUGUCAUCAUCAUCCCGACAAAGAAAAUAUUGAUAUUAACGUGCAGCAACCAGAAAAAACAAACCCAAGCCGAGAAAGUAUAACAGAAAAACUGAAGGAAUACAUUGACGAAAUUGAUGAAGAGAUCUACAAAGAAACGGGAAUUCGCUACAAGAAUAAUACCGAACCUAGAACAGAACCCCAACCGAUAAUAAUCGAUCUGGAUAAAGCAGAAAAAAUCUCUAGCGGAAAAAAAUCGAAAUUUAAGUAUUCUGGGUUGGGCAAGAAAAUAAAAUCGUUGACGCACAGAAAACAUAAAACGAGUAAUGAUAGUCCAGAAGAAAUCAAAGUAAAUACUAAUCCCGCUAGAAUAGCAGAUCGUGGAUUAAACGAUCAUGAUCGUAAAUCCAUAGAGCCAAAGAUUCAAACCUCAGUAACGGAGCUAGAGAUGUCCGCCGAGAAAAUCAAUAGCCAAGACACUGGCAGAUUACACAGAAAAGGUGGCACGGUGGACAGGAUGGUGAAAAGGCUGAACAGUGCUAAAUGCUCUUCGCCUCCACCCAGGCCUGUUCCUCUGGUAACUCCGAAUAAGGAGAUAUUUCACAAUAACAACUUACCAUUCUCCUACACAAAUAGCUCUGGCGCCGAAAAGUUGACUGAAAAUUCCCAACCAGGUAGCCCAAUUAUUUACGCACAGGUGGUGUGUGGGGAAAACAGUAUAGGUCCAACGAAACACACUGUCCACACUUUCUAUCCCAGUACUAAAAAACAACCCCAAUCAGAUUCGGAUGAGGGAUUGGGCUGCGACGAAAGCCUCGGAAAUAAAUCCUUUACUCAUUUUGGAGAUCGAAAUUUCUCUGACUCCCAUAGCAAUGUCUAUUUUGAUGACAUAUAUCGACUACAAGAAAGCCCUAUUUUACCGAAAUAUAAAAACACCACACAACUGAAUGGAUUCAGCGACGCCAACGUGGAAUAUACUAACUAUAUGAAUUCGUCAUAUAGAGGGUGCGGAGAUGGCAUGGACACAAAACGUAGGGAAAGUUUGACGGAAUCGCCCGAAAAUGGAAUUAAUUUAAAUAUCAGCUACAAAGAUGCGAAAGCUGAUAUUCGAGACGAUCUCGUUAAACGGAGAGACCUUUUGGAAUCUCGAAGCAAUAGGAGAAUAAAUGAAAUUAAAAGUACGACUCCGGAAUAUCCAAGAAUUUCUGUUCUGCCGAUCAUGAAAACUAACCAGACAUCAUUGGAUUAUAGAUCUGUUAGUCCCUUGGACGGACCUUUGUUUGAAAAUAAAAUGACAGGCUAUAAGGCACGCGACGAAAUUCGAAAAUUUACUACUCGACAUGUUACGGAUUAUUCACUAAAUAGUUUUGAUAGUGAACCGAAAAGUUUCGAUUCUCAAGCAAGUGAAUAUCGGUCCUCUCCGGAAAAUAGGCAAUUUGAUCCGAGCCAUUCGUUAAAUAAACGAACAUAUUACGAAAGGCACAAGUUGCUUAAAAAUAAGAAAAUAUACAAAUCGACUCCUGAAAUUCAUCCCGCUCCGAAAUAUCGUAACGAUAACUCACGUGACACUUCUUACCACGAUUCGUUACGUAAAGAGAAAAAAAUCGAUCCCUAUAUCAAUUCGAAGAUGUAUGAUUUAGAUAAGAGUUAUUGCAGUAACUCAGGAAGCAUUAGCAAACUUGACAAAUUUAUCGAUUCUGGUAUCGAAACUGAUAUUAAACGGGAAUCAGCCGAUAGCUACCGACUCACGAAAGCUAGUAGGAGAUACAAAGAGUAUUUUAACGAAAGUGAAGACGAGGGUUUUGCAAGUUCUCUUUUAAUAAAUAAUGAAAGGCAACACCCUGAAGAUCGAUUUGGGGAAAAUUUCAAUUAUAAAAGUGGGUCAACGAGGGAACGAAACGAGAGCGACGUUUCAUAUUACGACUCAAAAUAUGACGACAGUUCCACCAUUAAACAAUUAGAUAUGAAACCGCCUAAACCGGAGAAAAAAAGCAGUUUGGAAAAGGUUAAGUCUCUUUUUACCAGAGACAGCAAAAAGAAAAAAGAAAAGGCUCUCCGUGAAGAAAGAUUAAAAAAUAUGAAGUAUCAGAAAGAUAAACAAGAUGUGCGCAACAAAUACAAUACGCACGAGCGGACAGAACCUUAUCUCACUGACGAUGAUCCAUAUCUUAGCAAUAUCGACGACGAAACCAUAAUUAGUGUAACGAACUCAAAUUCACGAAAUUUACGAUUUUUUGGCGAUACAGAUGCCGAAUCGAAUGAUAGCCUUAGAGCUCUCAAUAAACCUAUUUUAAAGAAUGGACCGACAACAAGAACUCGACAAGUAAGGGAUGUUCCAUCAGGAAGGCAGGAUACGGGGCGGAAAAAAACUGGUCAUACACUGACCUCUGUUAAGGACAGAGAGUCGAGAGGAUCCUAUCUCAAUCAUAAACCACCAAUAUCCCCUAGUCAUUCACAUAUUAAAGGCAAGCAAUGGGAGGAUAAAUUGCGCAUAAGCAAAAACGAACUUAGCUCACUGGAAAGUUCCACUGAAGGGGAAAGCAGUCAACAAUCUCAAAGAAGUGUAGUUUAUUUACACGCAGCAUCAGUUGGAGACAUUCCUAGUCCAGGCUAUUUACGAAAUGGCCGACGCACCGCAUCCAGAGAGGAGUUAUCUUCAAACGUGUCGAGUCGAAUUCAACCCCAAGUAAAGACACUUAGUAGAUCGUUUUCGGUUUUGGCACCAUGGAAACCUCGGCAUUCUAGAGAAAGUUUGGAUAUAGAUUACUCCCAGUAUUCUAAAAACAAUAAAUACGAUCGUAAAACCAAAUCAAUUCCAAGAGAACACCCAAUAGCAUUAAGGAAAAAAAAGCAAGACAGCGGGAGGACCAACUUAAGAGAAUCAAAAAGCAAAGAAAGUCUAACUUUGAGAACAUCAGCGGAGGAAACCGAAAAGGGAUCGAGUUCUACAUUGUAUAAAAAGAAAAACCGACUGCCAAAAGAAAACCACAGAUACACCAAGGAUAAGGAAGAAAAGAAAAUGUCUAAAAGUCAUUCGGCAGAGUCGUUAAAUCGUAAAUGUAAAGAUACAAGGCCAGAUAUUUCAAGGUCUGUAUCUAUGCCUAGAGAUACCAAGAAGAUGGCAGGGUGGUUUAGAAGGUCAAAAAAUUCAUAAUAGGUUCAAUGUAUCAUAUUAUAUGAAGACUAAUUAUAGAUACCUUAAUAUAGUAUAGUGCCAUCUAUAGAUUUCUCACUAAUUUAAUUUUUGUUAAAUUGCGAUGAGAAUAAUGCUAACUCCGUAACAAUUACUAUUUCAACACAAAAAUUUGUCGAAUCAAAAAUGUUACACUGAUAGAGGUCAUGUUUGUGUGCCAAAGAAAUAUGUGGCCAUAAAUCUAGGAUAGCAAUUAUUAAAAAAAAUCUUAAGGGUGGGUUAGUUUUGGAUAACUAUAAGAGAAUGUUUCGUUAUUUUUGGUACCUAUCUAUCCCCCAUUAUAACUUACACAGUUUACCGAAAUCGGAUCUAGAAACUCAUAUGGUUGCAAAAGGACUGCUGACAUUUUUUUUUAACCAAAACUGUUUAAGAGUUGAAAAAUAAUAAAUAUAAAACGGAUGCUAACACUGCAGUAUGGAUAUAAGUAACAAAAAUACUUUUGUGUUGGCAAAUAAUAUGUUUAUUUUUCUACCUCUUCGAUAAUCACUUGUCUUCCUUUCUUAAUUUUUCGUUUUGAUAUUUGUGACGUAUUGGUAUGAUCUAUAUCUAUAUCAUUGUUAUAAAUUUAAUGAUAUAGAUAAAAUUUUGAAAAAUCAAAUGUGUAUGCAAGAAAGGUAUUUCGAUUAAAAUUAUGCGACUGUAAACCUGUGUUAUGUAACCAUUUAAAUAAAUAAAUAAAUGCACAUAUUGUAAA